GCCCCAAGCGUCGUCCACCGUGGCCACGUGGAAAAGCGACGCCACGGCGGAUAAAAGAGCUCCCCUUCCUCUUCCCCGUCGCCGCCGGGCACGACCGCCACGCGCAUUCCAUUUCGACGACGAGGCGGCGGAGCUAGGGUUUGCGGCUUCUCUUCCUCGGCCUAUCUCUCUCGUCUCAGGUGAAUUUGUUGUGUUUGUGGUGGGGGACUUGGAGGGGAGAUGAUGGAGGAGGGGUUGGCGGUGGCGGAUCUACGGGAGCUAGUGCAUCUGCCGGAUGUUCUGGUGGUAUGCACUUCUGUUGGAUGGACAAAUGAAAAACACAUGCUCUAUCUUAGUUUAUUGGAAGAAUCAUUUGUAAGCCAAUUACAUGACAGUAAAUACAGUUUCAAGGAACUGUUUAAUCACUCUCCAGGUGCUUGUAUACAUGAACUAUCAUCGAAGGGACAUGUUAAAAAUGUGGAGGCUGAGCAGGAACAUAUGGAUGUAGAUGAAGUUGACAGAGCUGAAUCUUGGAUAAAGAUUGAACAUGUCAGAUCACCUUCUGAAAAUCAAGAUGACGUAAAAGUGUGUUUUUCAGAUGAUAAUGCAUCAAGUACCAGGCUGAUUCAAGAGUGCUAUGCAAGGGCAACAAGCUCUGGACAAUCUUCCACGUGCCAUUUAGGCAAGAACAGACAUUCCCCUUCUAGGAGUGCAGAGGGUUCAGAUCAAAACUUCAUUGAUGAGGAGACAAAAGGAAGUGGAGAACCAAAUGGACGAUGCAGCAAAAAGCGACUGAAGUCUACUGCUAAUACGAUGGACGAUCAAGUAAUGAAGGGUACCUUUGAGGGCCUGUAUGGAUAAGGGUGGUUCCAUUUGUGAAGGCAGAGUUACAGGAAGCAAGAGAAAAGGAUGCAGAUAUCCAUGACAACUCAAUGGAAGCGGAUGCUAAAGGUCACGAGCCACAAGGAUAAUGCCCAUCCACGAAGUGUUCUUCAAGCCUGACUAACAACACUCAGUAACUUUAAAUCACCAUGACAUCUAGAUCGUAGAGGAGAAUUCACUUAGUGCAAGCUUGUAAGGUUGGUUAGACUUAAAACUAUCCACUUUGUAAGAUAAAGUGUUUUUUUAGAGUGUAGCUUUUCCAGCUCUUGAUAAUGGUUAGUAGGGAACCAAAGUGUUCUGUUUGGGUCUAGAAAAGUUUUGUUUGGUGUGGAGUGCAACCAGCAUAAACCAGCUUGUUUGGUGCACCCGACUGUGAAAGUGUGACUUAGCUUCAGAGUUCAGAAAGAUGUGCGACCGUGAUUGCCAGGAGGUUUGCAUGGUUUUUGCAAUUGCUUGAGAACCGUAUCUAAGGCCCUGUUUAGGAGAGCUUUAUUAUGAGAAUCAACUGGUGAGAAUAUGAAAAAAUUGGGUUUUUUGGGCU